AAGGACGGCUCCCCUCUCCCCGCUCUCCUGCGCAGUUAUCGCCGCGCUAACGCCCAGCCGACAUCGGCUGCUCUACUGACCAACUGCAGACGGUGGCGUACGCUCGGCAGGCAUCCACUGGGCGGCUGCCCGCGCCGGCACUCCACGCGCGGCACGUUCCGCCGCGUCGGUGAAUGGUCACGAUUUGAUUGGGUUAUCAGCACGAUUUCGUCAUCACGGGGCCCCGCACUUUCCCCGCACCCGCCGCUUCGACGCUUAAGAAGCACUGUAGCCUCUUGUCCGCGGCCGUCACUGUCGCUGCUCAUCACGAUGGCGCCCUCCCCAGUCGCAGUCUCGACGUUGCCGCCGCCAGCACCGAGAUCGCCCACCGGCAUCGCCAAGAGCCCGCCCAAGGGCCCUCCACCGAAGGCACCAUAUCCGGCGGAAUCGAGGACGUUCGCAGCGCAGAGCAAGCUGCCAAAGCUACCAAUUCCACCUCUUGAGGAGACUUGCCAACGAUACCUGCGCGCACUCGAACCGCUGCAAGACGAGGAAGAGCAUGAAGCGACGAAGGCUGCGGUAGCCGAGUUUCUGAAGCAGGGGGGCGACGGCGAGAAGCUGCAGCAGAAGCUCCUCGAGUGGGACAAGACGCAUGACUCGUAUAUCGAGGACUUUUGGUACGAGAGCUACCUCAGCCACUCCGAGUCAGUGGUCUUGUCCCUGAACCCAUUCUUCGUAUUUGAGAACGACCCCAACCCCACGCGAGGCGCUCAACUCCCCCGCGCCGCCUCCCUCAUCAUCGCCUCCCUCGGCUUCAUCCACGACCUCCGCGAAGGCAUUCUCGAGCCCGAUACCAUCCGCGGCAAGAUACCCCUCGAUAUGGACCAGUAUACCCGACUGUUCGGCACCGCGCGCAUCCCUACCGAGCGCGGCUGCAAGAUGCAAGUCAACUCUGAAUCGCGACACAUCGUUGUCGUACGGCGAGGCCAGUUCUACUGGUUCCCCGUGCUCGACAUGGAUAACAAGCCACUCCUGACCGAGCGCGAAGUGAUCCGCAACCUACAAGCCAUCGUCAACGACGCCGAUGAGACGAAGCCGGCGGAGGCAGCACAUCAGGCUAUCGGCGUGCUCACGACGGAGAAUAGGAAGACGUGGUCUAAGCUGCGAACAGUUCUGAAGACUACGACGACCAAUAACAGGAGUUCGUUGCAGUUGGUCGACGGCGCGUUGUUCAUCGUCUGCUUGGAUGAUUGGGCGGAAGAGGAAGAGUUCGCGAAGCUUUACCCGUCGCACAGCUGCUCGCCCCAGGAGAAGAACCGGAAGGAUGGUUCGAGCCUGGAGUCGAGGAAGCUAGCUGAAAUCUGCGCGAACUUCCUGUGCGGGACGUACGAACUUGAUGGCGGGGUGCAGGUCGGUACCUGCUUAAAUCGGUGGUACGACAAGCUUCAAAUCAUCGUCACCGGUAGCGGCUCCGCAGGCAUCAACUUUGAGCACAGUGGCGUCGACGGGCAUACUGUGCUUCGCUUCGCGGCCGAUAUCUACACGCAGGGCCUCAUGCUGCUGGCAAAGAGCAUCAACCCGAGCGCGCCGACGCUGUUUAAGGCGGAGCUGAGCCCUUUGGCCAAGGGCGCGAAGGGGAGGAGGAUGUCUGCUACUUCACCAUCGCGGAACCAGCACGUCGAUCUUGACACGACGCCAAAGAAGCUAUUGUGGGAUUUGACGCCCGAGCUGAGGGUCGGGAUUCGGUUUGCGGAGACGAGGUUAAGCGACUUGAUUUGUCAGAACGAUUGUCAGGCUCUCGAGUUCUCCGGCUAUGGCAAGAACUUCAUCACCUCGCACGGCUUCUCGCCGGACGCGUUCGUUCAGAUGGCGUUCCAGGCGGCGUACUUCGGGCUCUACGGCCGGAUCGAGUGCACGUAUGAGCCAGCAAUGACGAAGGCGUUCUUGCAUGGGCGUACGGAGGCGAUACGGACAGUGCAGAAGGAGAGCGUGGAGUUCACGAAGACCUACUUCUCCGAAGCCACCGCCUCCCAGAAGGUCGCCGCGCUUCGCAAGGCCUGCGAGCGGCACACCAAGAUCACUAAGGACUGCUCCCAAGGCCUUGGUCAAGACCGCCACCUCUACGCCCUCUACUGCCUCCUCCGCCGCGACCCCGAAGCCGCCUCCACUAUGCCGCGCAUCUUCACCGACCCCGGCUGGGGCCUCCUCAACGCCUCCGUCCUCUCCACCUCCAAUUGCGGGAAUCCCGCGCUGCGCCUGUUCGGCUUCGGCCCCGUCGUCGCGGACGGCUACGGCAUCGGGUACAUCAUCAAGGAGGACGGGCUGAGCGUGUGCGCGUCGUCGAAGCAUCUGCAGACGAGGCGGUUCCUGCAGACGCUGGAGAACUACCUGCGCGACAUGCAGAAGCUGCUCGUGCAUCUGCAUCGGAGCGCGAACGAGCGGCCGGCGCCGUUUGUGGACCAUAUGGGCGUGCUGCGGGAUAGUAAGACGGGGAGGCCGAUCAAUGGGUGGGGCGAGGUGAAGGAGAGCGAUGAGGAGGAUGACGAAAUGUUGAUUCCUGGGUAUUCGUUCUUCGACUCGGGGGAUGUGGCGUUGCUGGGGCAGAGGAAGAGGACGCCUUGGGCGGAUGUUGGUGAGUAUCGUGUUUGUCUCAUCUGUGGGGCUGCGUGUUAA